AUGACGGAUCAAAAGUCUCGCUCGUCCGAUGACGUCACUGACGCCGCCUGUGCUGUGGUCAUCCUAUCCGCUGCCAGACAAAAUGUCGUCUUCUGCAAGGACUCCAGACACACGACCUUGACCGUGACAGAGACACCCACCACCCGCUCCCCCGCCCGCCUGUUUGGGCCGCUGCUGGCGUGGGUGUCCCGCCUACGCCAGGAAGAAAAAUAUUUCUACGUCGACCUCCACCUGACCAGGUACUUCUCCAGGUUCCUGGUCGGUGACGUCACGAGAAUUCUCCGCCACGUCACGAUCAAAGAGCAGUUCUACACCGGCACCAAAGUCCUCAUCAAGUUCAAAGGUCAGAAAGGUCAAGUGAGCGUGGCCCACGAGCUGCUAAGCGCCCUCAGGUCUAGAGUGACGUCACGUGAUGCGGUUCUAUGCCACGAGUUCCAGGAGCCUGACGACCUGGAUCUGGUGGCAGCUGGCAUCAAGUCACGUGUCUUAAGACACUGUCUGGACCAGCUGGAGAUAGAACACAGGUGUCUCGUGGACCUACACUGGACACCAGACACACAAGACACAGCAGACUUAUUAGAGACACCAGACACAUUAGAGACACCAGACACAUUAGAGACACCAGACACAAACCCCAGUGGAUUAUCGUGUCAGCAACAUUCAACAUGCAGCCAGCCUCGUGUUGAGAUCUUCUACGACAUCCGAAACGUCAACCUCCUCAUCCACACGAACACAUCCAACUACAAACAAGUUGUCGGAGAUUUCCUCUGGCGACAAGUCAAGCGAAAGAUUAUCGAGUGCUGCUUGUACACCAGUGUGUACAACCUGUCUAAAACACAUCAGCUUGUGACGUCAAAUCUAACACGCUUUAUCAACUCCAAAGCUAAAGGGCUGAACGUUAUUCUCGUGUGGCCUGAAGACCCGGAUCUAGAAGGUUCUGUGAUAAAGAUUAGAGGAGAGAGGAGUGCUGUUGACAAGUUAAAAUGUUACCUAGAUAAAUCGUUCGCGUUAAUUCAGACUAAAUUAGACGCGGCCAAAACUAAACCGGCGCCUGUGGAAUUCUUGCAGUACGCCGGCUGUCAGGACCAAGUUCCGGCAUACUGGGCAAGCAGUCUCCAUGGUAACGGCGAUGACGCGACUAAAGUUCCAGAGCGUAUCGUCGAGGUCGAUGACCGGACAAAGUCUGCGAUAACUCGUCUGGUGGAAGACACGUGGGACAGGUCACGUGUCGGGGCCGGCAGAGACGCCAUCGGCUUACGUCACACCGGCAUCCAGGUGUGUGCAGUCAAGCGUAUCGAGAACCCGAAGCUGUUCUCAGCCUACAGCGCCGAGAGGAGACGUCUGCUGGAGGCCACCCGCUCACAGAAGCGGGUGUGCACGCCCGUGGGUCAAGUCAAAGGCUCGUCUGGGAGCGUUGUGACCUCCGACCUCCUGGACGAGUCCAUGAAGUCAGAGCUCUACCACGACGUCAACGAGCACUACCUGUUCCACGGCACCAAAUGUAAAUUUAUCGACGCUAUAGUGAACAACGGCCUUGACCCGAGGGUAGGUCGACAGGACGGGCUUCUGGGUAAAGGGAUCUACACGGCAGAGAAGUCCACCAAAGCUGACCAGUACACAGACUGCCCAUUCAGCAGACACCAGUCUGGCACCUACAAGACUAUGCUGCUGGUCCGUGUGUUGCUGGGUGACGUCUGUUUGAUGGACGACACGCAUGACUACAUCACACGAAACGAAAAGCUGACCAGACCGCCGUGUAUGCAGUGUGAGAAAGACAAGUGCGCAUGCGCAAACCAACAGCUUUAUGGGUCAGUGAUGGCCGACGGGAAGUGGCUUUUCCGCGAGUUUGUCGUGUAUGACAAGAACCACUGCUACCCUGAGUACAUCAUCAAAUAUUUAAGGGUGUAGAUGCGUAGCAGUACAAUGUACACAAUGUACACGAUCAUUAGUUGACAUGUGUAUACACAUUGUAUACUCAAUGUGCACAUUUUCUGCACAUAUUAGCAGCUAUCUGAGCUACGUGGAGGGUUGCCAGAUACCUUUUCCGAAAAUACUGGACACCUUUCCAUUCUUCCCUUCUCAGGUAUGCCGCAAAGCAGAAGAAGGGGGGUAACAGAGUAUUAUUCAUAUACUUGUACAGUAUUUAUAUUUAUUUUGUCCUGGACAGUCUGCUCAAAUACUGGACUGUCCAGUUCAAAACUGGACACCUGGCAACCCUAGCUACGUGUACACAAUGCAAUUAUUCAGUCUAGUUGCAUCAUUAUAUAAAUAUCAUGGAAACAAAACUCAAACAUCUAAGAACGGUGAUGAGAAAAAACGGACAUAACAAUUUGUAUGUCGAAAGUUCAUUAAAACUAA